AUGGAUUGUUCUGCGACGCAGAAGGUACACUAUGGUACUCUUAUGCUAGCUGGUGAAGUUGAUGACUGGUGGGUUUUUACUCGUUUGAGGUUGGAAGAUGUUGGGGAGGUGAUUACUUGGGCUGUGUUCACGAGGGAGCUCAUGAGGAAUUAUUUUCCUAAAGAUGUCAGGGGAAAGAAAGAGAUGGAGUUCCUUGCACUUUGUCAGAUUUAUGAGGAAGACAAUAUUGCUCAUUCGACUCAUUACAAGAGUCUGAACAAGAAGAGAGGAAAACUGCAUCAUGACCGUAAGAAGCCUAAUAAUGCUCCAGAUGAUAAAGGGAAACAAAAGGUUUUUGACUGGAGGAAGACAAGUGGGGGAGGAACUCCUGCUACUGUUCGAUGUUAUAGGUGUGGUGAGCAAGGGUCAUAUAUCAAUAUCCAGUGUCAGAAGCCAAAGAAGGAUGUGAAUUCUGCCAAGAACAAUGGUAGAGUGUUUGCUUUGAGUGGAGCUGAGGAUUCCAAGAAGGACAACUUAAUUCGAGAUACUCUUGAUAGGGGUUAUGUUGCAACUACUUUUGUUUGUAAGGAAUGUACUUUAACUAUCUUUGAUAAGAGUUUUAUGAUGGAUUUGGUGUGUCUACCCUUACACCAAAUCGAUGUGAUCCUUGGAAUGAUCUGGUUAGAGUUCAACUAUGUUCAUAUCAAUUGUUACAAUAAGACAUUGAGGUUCCCCAAGUUCGGUGAUAACGAAGAACUGAUGCUGUUGACUGCUAAGCAAGUGAGUGAAUGUCUUAGAGAUGAAGUCGUGAUGUUUGCAGUGUUUGCAUUGUUGCAAAGUAACCAUGAAGCUACAAGUGUUGAACUUCCGUUUGUCUGUGAAUUUCCUGAGGUGUUUCUGGAUGAUAUAAGUGAUUUGCCUCCGAAAUGUGAAGUAGAGUUUUCUACAUAA